AUGAUUAUCUCAAAGAUACUGGCAACUUUACCUCUGAGUUUCAAGUAUUUUGCUAGUGCGUGGGAAUCCACUGCUAAGAGAGACAGGACGUUGGAUAAUCUCACGGCGCGACUCAUAGCCGAGAAGAUGAGAAGUGCAGAAAGUCAAACCGAAGAGAAAGCGGUGGCAUUCAGGGCGACGAAUAGGAAAUGCCAUAAGUGUCACAAAUCAGGACAUAUAGCAAAAGACUGCAGAGUAAAAACACACACAAAUAACAUAGAAGUUCGAUGCUUCAAAUGCAACAAGACUGGUCACAUAGCGAGAUCGUGUAACAACAAGAAGGAGAAGAUUGAAACGUUCUGCAACAUCUGCAAGAGAAAUAAUUAUGUUGAUAAAGACUGCUUCUAUAGGAAGAAGAAAGAAGGAAAGCAGGAUGACACAGAUAAAGUUUCAUUCCUGGCGAAAGGAAUGGAAUCAAGUGAAAUCUGGAUAGUAGAUUCUGGAUCGACUUCUAAUAUGACAAACAAAAAAGAUUACCUCAGGAAUUAUGAAGAGGAUAAAUCGACAAUAGGAGUAGCGAAGAUGCAGAGACGAUGGUUGCACAUGGAAAAGGAUCCAUCGAGUUUGAAAAUUGCAGGCUGA